UACCUCAUCCUCACCCUCAAAUCAUCCUCACAUUCUUAUUGCUUAAACUUUAUAAAUUCCUCAUCACCUCUCACAAAUUAGAAUCACUCCACAAGAUUGAGUAUAACCCUGGUUAACUAGCUAGACCAAGAAUUUCAACCUUCAUCACUGGAUCUGUACAUGAAUCCAUCCAUCAUCCAUGUUACCAAAAUCAUACCAAACUUCUAUCUCUUUCCUUUUGACCACAAUCACAUGUCAUCAAUUCUAAUCUUAGUAAUUUUUUUCAAAAUCACCGAAUUUUUCCUUCUUUUAGCCAGCUAGUUAGCUUUAGACAAAUCCCAACCAAACCCACCUGAAAAACAGUACCUUUUUAAAGAACAACUAUCUCAAACCACAAUACAACCUAUAUAUAUACAUAUACAUAUAUAUGUAUCCCACCAAAUACAGGAAUAUAACAAAAACAUCUUGUGCUCAAGCUCAUUAACACACACAUAUCCUAGCUCAGAACUUUGAGAACAUUGACAUGUCAGCUGCCGUGGCUGCCGCCGCUUCCGCCGCUAUAUCCAGCUACAACAACUCCUCCUCAAGCAGCAGCAACCAUAGUGAUGAGUUGUUAACUUCACAAACAAUGCAAGUUUCUGUUGCUCCACCACUAAGCAGGUACGAGUCACAAAAGAGACGUGAUUGGAACACUUUUGGUCAAUACCUAAAAAACCAUCGUCCACCAUUAACACUCUCACGUUGUAGUGGUGCACAUGUUCUUGAGUUUCUUCGUUACUUGGAUCAGUUUGGAAAAACCAAGGUUCAUUCUGAAAACUGUGCUUAUUUUGGAAACUCACACCCACCAGGUCCAUGUCCUUGUCCUUUGAAACAAGCUUGGGGAAGUCUUGAUGCUCUUAUUGGUAGGUUACGUGCUGCUUUUGAAGAGAACGGUGGUUCACAAGAGAUGAACCCUUUUGGAGCACGUGCUGUUAGGUUGUAUCUUAGGGAAGUUAGAGAUGCUCAAGCUAAAGCUAGAGGGAUUGGUUAUGAGAAGAAGAAAAGGAAGAAACUGAAUCAAAAUCAACAAAAUGGGUCGAUGACUAUGGUGCAAAAUGAUCAUGUGCAUCAUCAUGAUGAUGUAGUGAAUUCAGGUUAUGGUCAUGGUGGUGGUUUUGUCGAUCAGUACUCAAAUUUAAAUGGGACAACUUCUAGAAAUGAUGCCGCAGUUUCUUAUUUCUCAUUAUAGUUUGUUUAAGAUAAGAUAUAUAUAUAUAUAUAUAUAUAUAUAUAUAUAUAUAUAUAUAUAUAUAUGUAUACUUUAAUUAUCAGAUAUAAUACCUAAUAUUUCAUGCAUGUGUUGGUAGGAUUAGGAACUCUAAAAUCAUGAUCGUCAGGUUCUAUGAUUAAUGUGGUAGGGCUCACAUAUGUAAUAAGGGUGUGGUCAUUAUUGAUAGCUUAUCAGUGUUCUGUAGUGUUCUAAUUAAUACCGAAACUUCGUUCUAUUAUAUGCUUUGGUUUUUAGGAUAACGGAAAAGUAUAAGGACUGUUGUGAAUUUGAUUAAUGAUAUUCUCUUAUAUAAUUCAGUUAGAAA